AUGAAAAUCAAAUGUUUAGCGUAUCUAUUGAUCUACUAUUAUAUAGUCUAUAGCCUCKCRACYGUUUCGGUCGCGCGGUUACCGACCAGUGAUCGACACCACUCAACGCCGCAUAAAAAGAAACCAAUAGUUUUGAUUCCCGACAACAGUGACGAUGAAUCACAAGUGACUGUCCCGGAGUCGGAAGCUUAUGGCCAUAGACUGCACAGUCAACCCGAUAACAAUCAAUCUAUGUUAACGACCACUUCAACCAAUCCUCUGUUUUUCAAUUUCCAAGUAUUAGUCAAUUGGCAAAAGUUUAGAUGUAAUGAUAUAAAGAAGAAAAAAAGACAACACAUUGAUACCAAUGUCGAGGAAAGUAGUACUGAAAGAAAUAAUUACAACAAUAUUGAUGACGACAUUAGUGAUCAGCGAGUGAUUGUCCAAAACAAGAGUACUGACCAACAAUCGCCGUCGAGUGUAAGCAAAUCUAUUGAAAUAGUGACUACAAUGUCAUCACUGAAAUUUCGAGAUGUUGUGACUGAACCACAACUUAAAGUCAAUAGUGAAUUGUUGAAAACUAAGACAACUAUACMUAUUAGGGAUCAACCAUUUAAUGUGACCGCAUUACAGACACCAGUUCCCAAUCAGAUCGACCCAAUCGAUCGUUUUCAGAAUGUAUUAGCAAUGGUCACUGAAUCGGACAUUGGAAUCGAUAGUUUAGCSGACAAUAAGGCUGAAAGAUAUGUUAUAUUAGAUCAAACAAAUGUUAUAGAAAUCAAUAAUCAAAGCAAUUUUGAUAUUAUCAUAAAAAAAUAUAUAACMGAAAAACCCGAAACAAAUCAUAUUUUAAAAGAUAUUAUCGAUGUAUACAUCGGUCAGAAUAAGACUAUUAGUGGACAAACAAUUGUGAAACAUAUUGACAAACAUAUUGUUAAACCGAUAGAUAUUAACAUUACGAGUGAUUAUGAUUAUGCAAUCGUUGAACCCGAUUAUCAAAAUAUUAUUAAUACAACUAUAGAGUCCGUUACGAUGGAAGGACAGACAGAUUAUUGGUUUAAAAAUAAAUAA